CGCCGGGGGAGGAUAUACAAAUACCGUGAACAUCGCCGCACAGCGAACUCGCUCCAGUAAUCGUCCACGUCACUAUUUACAAUAACUCGAUAACUCGACAACUCUCUCUCCCUCGACCGGCUCUCUCUCACAACUUCCUUCGCCGGCGCACCGCCACGCUGCCCCGCUCCUCUCCUCUUCCCACCCCUUCCCCUCUCCUCGAUAAAAAUCUCAUCUCAUUUCUCCUUUUUUCCCUGUUUCUCUCUCCCCCUCUCCCUCUCUCUCUCCCUGCUCGACGAUUUCGCGAUUGCCUGCGAUGGCUCCUCCGCCGCUGGAUCAAGAGGAGGAGAUGCUGGUACCGAACUCGGACCUUGUCGAAGGCCCUCAGCCCAUGGAAAUGGGGCAACCAGAAACUGCUAGGACUGAGGAAGGCCCACGACUGGACGAGCCACAAGCUUUUAGGUUCGUCUGGACAAUUGAGAACUUUUCUAGGUUGAGCACCAAGAAGCAUUAUUCUGAGGUUUUCAUGGCUGGCGGUUAUAAAUGGCGGGUGCUUAUUUUUCCAAGGGGAAACAAUGUCAGCUAUUUGUCAAUGUAUUUAGAUGUUGCAGAUUCAGCAAUAUUGCCGUAUGGGUGGAGAAGAUAUGCACUAUUCAGCUUGGCUGUGGUCAAUCAGUUUCAUGCCAAUCUCACAAUGAGAAAGGAGACUCAGCACCAGUUCAAUGCCAGGGAGAGCGAUUGGGGAUUCACAUCUUUCAUGCCACUAAAUGAACUUUAUGAUCCCAGUGGUGGAUUUGUUGUGAAUGAUACAUGUAUUAUUGAAGCUGACGUUGCUGUCCGUGAGUACAUUGAUUACUGGGCCUAUGACUCAAAGAAGGAAACUGGUUAUGUUGGACUAAAGAAUCAGGGAGCAACUUGUUACAUGAAUUCUCUUCUUCAAACUCUGUAUCACAUUCCCUACUUCAGAAAGGCUGUGUACCAUAUGCCAACGACAGAGAAUGAUUUGCCAUCAGGAAGCAUUCCUUUGGCUCUGCAAAGUUUAUUUUAUAAGCUUCAAUAUAAUGACACCAGUGUUGCAACAAAAGGGUUAACCAAAUCUUUUGGAUGGGACACAUAUGAUUCUUUCAUGCAGCAUGACGUGCAGGAACUUAAUAGGGUUUUGAGUGAAAAGCUUGAAGAUAAGAUGAAGGGAACUGUUGUGGAAGGGACAAUUCAGAAACUAUUUGAGGGGCAUCAUAUGAACUACAUUGAAUGCAUCAAUGUGGAUUUCAAAUCUACAAGAAAAGAAUCAUUUUAUGAUCUUCAGCUUGAUGUCAAGGGCUGUCGGGAUAUCUAUGCUUCUUUUGACAAGUAUGUUGACGUUGAACGUCUUGAGGGUGAUAAUAAAUAUCAUGCAGAACAACAUGGAUUACAGGAUGCUAAGAAGGGUGUUCUAUUUAUUGAUUUUCCUCCAGUUCUUCAACUUCAGCUAAAGCGGUUUGAAUAUGAUUUCAUGAGGGAUACGAUGGUGAAGAUAAAUGAUCGCUAUGAAUUCCCUCUUCAACUUGACCUUGAUAGGGAUAAUCGUAAAUAUUUGUCACCUGAAGCUGACAGGAGUAUCCGUAACCUUUAUACACUUCAUAGUGUUUUGGUUCAUAGUGGAGGGGUGCAUGGUGGACAUUAUUAUGCUUUUAUCAGGCCAACGCUAUCAGAUCAGUGGUUCAAAUUUGACGAUGAACGUGUAACUAAAGAAGACAUGAAGAGGGCAUUGGAGGAGCAGUAUGGUGGUGAGGAAGAGUUUGUGCAGGCAAAUCCUGCUUUAAAUACUACUCCCUUUAAGUUCACAAAAUACUCAAAUGCUUACAUGCUCGUGUACAUACGUGAAAGUGAUAAGGAGAAGAUAAUUUGUAAUGUGGAUGAGAAGGACAUCGCAGAGCAUCUUAGGAUAAGGUUGAAGAAAGAACAAGAAGAGAAAGAGGACAAGAGAAGAUACAAAGCUGAGGCCCACCUUUAUACUAUCAUCAAGAUUGCUCGUGACGAGGACUUAAUGCAACAGAUUGGAAGGGAUAUAUAUUUUGAUCUUGUGGAUCAUGAAAGAGUUCGUAGUUUCCGCAUUCAGAAACAGGUUCCAUUUAACCAUUUUAAGGAGGAGGUUGCCAAAGAAUUUGGUAUACCUGUGCAGUUCCAGCGGUUCUGGAUUUGGGCAAAGAGGCAAAACCAUACAUAUCGUCCCAAUCGGCCAUUGGCACCACAGGAGGAAGCACAAUCUGUUGGGCAGUUGCGGGAAGUUUCCAACAAGAUGAACAAUGCAGAACUGAAGUUGUUCUUGGAAGUGGAGCUUGUUUCGGAUGGAAGUCCUAUUCCUCCACCUGACAAAACUAAAGAAGAUAUUUUAGUUUUUUUCAAGCUUUACGAGCCUGAGAAAGAACAGAUUCGUUAUGUUGGUCGUCUUUUUGUGAAGAUCUCUGGUAAGCCAAUUGACAUUUUAGCAAAAUUAAAUAAAAUGGCUGGGUUUUCCCUGGAUGAAGAAAUUGAACUUUAUGAGGAAGUUAAAUAUGAGCCUCAGAUCAUGUGUGAACGCCUUGACAAGAAGGCUACAUUUAAGUUUAGCCAGUUUCCUUAUCUGCAGAUUGAAGAUGGGGAUAUCAUUUGCUUCCAGAAAUCCGCUUUACUUGAUAGUGAAGAAAAAUAUCGCUAUCCUGAUGUUCCUUCAUUUUUGGACUAUUUGCAUAAUCGACAGAUGGUUCAUUUUCGAUCACUGGAGAGACCCAAGGAGGAUGAUUUCUGUCUAGAGUUGUCAAAGAGGCAUACUUAUGAUGAUGUUGUGGAGAAAGUGGCCUGUCAACUUGGUGUGGAUGAUCCAUCGAAAAUAAGACUGACUCCCCACAACUGCUACUCGCACCAGCCAAAGCCCCAUCCAAUUAAAUAUCGAGGUGCAGAUCAUUUGUUGGAUAUGCUGGUUAACUACAAUCAGACUUCUGAUAUUUUGUAUUACGAGGUGCUGGAGAUCCCUCUGCCAGAGUUGCAAUGCCUAAAAACUCUGAAAGUUGCUUUUCAUCAUGCAACAAAGGAUGAGGUGGCGAUUCACUAUGUUAGGUUGCCAAGACAGAGCACUGUUGGAGAUGUGCUUAAUGAACUCAAGCUAAAGGUUGUGUUGUCUCAUCCUGAUGCAGAACUUAGGCUGCUUGAAAUUUUCUGCCACAAGAUCUACAAGAUCUUUCCAUUGAGUGAAAAGAUUGACAAUAUAAAUGACCAGUACUGGACAUUGUUGGCAGAAGAGAUUCCUGAAGAAGAGAACAACCGUGGACCUCAUGAUCGCUUAAUUCAUGUUUACCAUUUCACGAAGGAGGUUGGACAAAACCAAAUGCAACUGCAACAUUUUGGGGAUCCAUUCUUCUUGGUUAUACAUGAAGGUGAAACUUUAGCUGAAGUUAAAGCUCGGAUUCAAAGGAAAUUGCAGGUUCCAGAUGAGGAAUUCACCAAGUGGAGGUUUGCGUGUAUAUCAAUGGGUCGGCCAGAGUACCUGCAAGAUUCAGACAUUGUGCCCGACUAUUUUCAGAAAAGGGAUAUUUAUGGUGGUUGGGAGCAAUACCUUGGAUUGGAGCACUCUGAUACAGCUCCUAGAAGGGUUUAUUCUGUGAAUCAGAACCGCCCCAUGUUUGAGAAAGCAGUUAGAAUAUACAACUAGUAAAGGACACUGGACCACCUCUGCCAGUGACUGCGCAUCCCCUCCGAAGCCACAGGGAUAAUAUGGAAAAGUGAAAGGUAAUUAUAAUUAGAAAACAGAAAAAGAGUGUUGUGGCCUUUGAGGAUUUUGUCCUAGGUCUUGUAGAUGACGAUGAUUCAUUCUUGACAUGGGCGGGGAAUGGAGGUUUCUACCGAUUGUAUCAUGAUGCUUUUUUUGUAUUGGAAACAAGCCUUGAGCCUUGCCUCUGCUCUUUCUGCUCUUUCUCGCCUAACCUAUAAAAGCUGGUAACUAACAUCCAGAGAUUGGAAGCUUCGUUUAUAUGAUACCUGUGCAUAUACCGGAUUUUGGUUAGGGGAUGUAAGCUGGGUAUAGUUCGCAUUCUUUUUCUCCACACCCCCUAUUACUUAGUUGAAUCUAUAAUUUGCUUAUAGAGGAUGAGAUUGUAUAGUGGUUGGCUUCUUCUGAGAUUGUGUAUAGAAAAGAUGCUGCUCUUUAGUCUAUACAAAUUUAAGUGUCUCUGCUUUGCUUGACGUAAGUGCCUUAAAUUGUCAAUUCUUCUUUUA